UGUGUAGUCGGGUAGCAGCCAGUGAGUUAGUAAGAUGGCGGCUGCGGCGGUGGUGGAGUUUCAGAGGGCUCAGUCUCUACUCAGCACGGAUCGCAACGCGUCCAUCGAUAUUUUACACUCGAUAGUGAAGCGAGAAAUCCAGGAGAAUGAUGAGGAGGCUGUGCGGGUCAAAGAGCAGAGCAUCUUGGAGCUGGGGUCACUCCUGGCCAAGACAGGGCAGGCUGCAGAGCUUGGGGGCCUGUUGAAGUAUGUGCGACCGUUCCUGAACUCGAUCAGCAAGGCCAAGGCAGCCAGGCUGGUUCGCUUGUUACUCGACCUAUUUCUGGACAUGGAGGCAGCCACUGGCCAAGAGGUCCAGCUGUGCCUAGAGUGCAUUGAAUGGGCAAAAGCAGAGAAGAGAACCUUUUUACGUCAAGCUCUAGAGGCUCGCCUGGUUUCACUGUAUUUCGACACUAAGAGGUACCAGGAGGCGCUGCAUCUUGGGUCCCAGUUGUUGCGGGAGCUGAAAAAGAUGGAUGACAAGGCACUGCUGGUGGAGGUGCAGCUGCUGGAGAGUAAGACAUAUCACGGCCUCAGUAAUUUGCCCAAAGCACGGGCUGCCCUCACUUCAGCCAGGACGACUGCCAACGCCAUCUAUUGCCCACCCAAGCUGCAGGCUGCCCUGGACAUGCAGUCAGGGAUCAUCCAUGCAGCGGAGGAGAAGGACUGGAAAACGGCCUACUCCUAUUUCUACGAGGCGUUUGAGGGUUACGAUUCUACUGACAGCCCCCGGGCCAUCACAGCACUCAAGUACAUGCUCCUCUGCAAGAUCAUGCUUAACUCCCCAGAGGAUGUGCAGGCCUUGAUAAGUGGAAAACUAGCUCUGCGGUAUGCAGGACGACAGACAGACGCACUGAAAUGCGUGGCUCAGGCCAGCAAGAAUCGGUCCUUAGCAGACUUUGAGAAGGCCCUGACAGAGUACCGAGGGGAGCUGAGGGAUGACCCCAUCAUCAGCACCCACCUGGCCAAGCUCUACGACAACCUGCUGGAGCAGAACCUCAUCCGGGUCAUCGAGCCCUUCUCCAGAGUGCAGAUCGAACACAUAUCCACUCUUAUUAAACUUCCAAAGGGCGACGUAGAGAGAAAGUUGUCCCAGAUGAUUCUGGACAAGAAGUUUCAUGGGAUCCUGGACCAGGGAGAGGGUGUGCUGAUUAUAUUUGAUGAGCCACCAGUAGAUAAAACAUACGAAGCAGCUCUUGAAACCAUUCAGAACAUGAGCAAAGUAGUGGAUUCACUCUACAACAAAGCCAAGAAGUUAACAUAGGAGGCGAGGCUGUGUACUUGGAGAGUGUGUGUGACGGAGAGUGGAACCUUGGGGGGGAAAAACAAACUGCAAUGAGAUUCCUUUGUUUCCUUUUGCUUUCACUGGGAAAGUUUUUAACGUCUCCCUCAUUGGAUGAAAUUCUCUAUUCCUUGCAUCAUCACGUUUUCUUUUAGGAUUCUGUAUAGCACCCAGCGGCCUCAGUUGGCUAUCAGGGAAUAUUGUAAAAUAAAAACAUAUACAAUAUAUAAAACCUUUAAGAGAAUAAAAAUAGCAGGCUUACACUGCCUAAAGAGUGUCCUCCCUUUCUCAACGAGGUUUAAAACUGUAUGUCUAUAACCUCCACCCCUGGACAAAAGCUAAGGGCACUGUAGAAAGUAUUUAAGUAAAAGCUCUCGAUGUGUGGUUUUGAUCCUGAUAUUCUUUUUGCUUGCCACACCAACCCCUGUAAUACUGAAAUGAUUGGCUGUUCCCCCUUUUUGAUGGUAAAUUAUCCCAGUUGUACCUCUAAGCAGAAACCGAUUUGCCAAGUAUUACCAUUUCCCUUACUAGCCAUUAUGGUCUUAAAAUAAAAAAGUAAAAUAAAGAAACCUUGGCAAGAGUCCUUUUAAUGAAAGUUAGUUUUUUAAGGUACGGUGAAGAGUUGCAUGUAACAGGAAUUCUAUGGUAAAUGUACAGUGCAGUGCCCCUGCCUGUGCCUCCCAAAAUUACUUUUUUUUUUUUUUUUAAUUAAGGGGAGUGAAUUAGUGACGAGUCUUCAGCAGGAAGAACUUUAUUCCCCUAGCUCUAUUUUUGAUGUUUUAAAGUUUCUACGGAUAUCUCUUGGCCUAUACAAGCUGCUGUUUGACCUUUUUAACCUGUUUUUUUUUUUUUUUUUCUCUCUUGGCUAUAAAGCUUGGUUGUGUACUCCAAGUAUAUGGUUUACUCAAAGCCAUGUAUAUUCCUAGUUUUAUCAUUUCUGAUCUUGGGAGAGCAGGUUGUCCACUGAGUUUUGUCGUUCUCCUUUCCAAUUGGUUCCCUCCAAGGCUAUGCCUCUCGGUAGUGGCUGGCAAGUCCACGAAACCAUUGGGUUUAUGGCCAUUGUUUUUCCAGGGAUCCUGGUGUAUAGUACUAUCUGGGAGUACAAAUGAAAAUCCUCCACUUUUUGAGGCAUUUUCUGCACCUAGAUAUUCCACUUCAUAUCUGCAAGGCCAUGACAGUUCCUGGAUAAAAUGGUGACAAAAGUUGUGGCAGGAAGAAACCUGAGAAGGAUACAGGUUCAUUCAGCCACAUGAACUAAAGGGAGGUCAGCUGGUGUGGAACUGCAGUCUAACCACUUAAGCUAUUUUAUUCAGCUAUUGUCUACCAAUAAGAGAGAAAGGGGGUCAUUUUAUUGAGACAGCCUGGUCAUUAACAGCAGCUUCCUGAUUUCUUGAUUUCAGCAGGGUGUACAGAAAACUGUACAGAAAAUCUAGUACAGUAUUGUGGAUCAGAUUAAGUACCUUUGUAAUGCAUUUUCCUUGUUAUGACCAAUGAGUUUUGUUCUUUGCGCAUUGCAUUACAGAAUCAUUGGUUCUUUUUUUAUGGGGAUAACCAAACCUGAAUUUUCUGCACAACCUGAGUACUGUUGAGUGUUUGUGACCCGGUGUUUAGAGAGGGACAGAUGUUUGAACCUGUUUCCUCAGCCCAGCCACAGGUUUGCUGCAAGGCCUGUGUGUGUGAGAUGUCUUGGUGACAAUUAUGUUAAAAUUGGUUAACUUGUAAAUUAAGCUUGCCACUGUUUUUAUUAAAGAGGGAAAACAGCUAAAGUGGUGUAUAGCCUCCCAAGGGAUUAAAGACCAUCUACGUUUGGCUUACUGAAUCUUCCCUUGCGUGUUGCAUAGUUACUCUCUUAUUAAAACCAAGAACACCUUGCGGCCCAACUGGCAUGGGUACUCGAGUGAACAAGAGAUCCUUGUUCAAUCCCGAGUAAGCUCUCCUGUUUUUUCAGCGAUUCACUUAUGAAUUUCUCAAUGCUACCUUAAUAUCCUCGAAGAACGGUCAUGCUGCAUGUAGAAAUAAAGGAACAGUGUUGAUUGGUUUAAAUAUUCAUCGGUAAACUCAAAUUUGUUCAAUCUCUUUCCACUGUACAUAACUUGAACCUCUUUCCAAGGUCUUCUUACAAAUAGUUUUUUACUGUGUGUAAUAUCUAUAUGUCUUUCUCUUAUUUUAUGUCAGUAACCUCCAAUACAGGCUGUAGAUAAGAGGCUUUGGGUGUUAGACCUUUUACCUGGUUUUGUGUAAGAAAAGAAAAAAAAAAGCACAGCUGACAAAUGCAUGAGCUGACCUUGCUGUUUGACUUUUGGGAUUUUUACAUUUUUUUUUUUUUUUAAUGUAUUUUAAUAAGUGCAUAUCAGUGAGGUUUUAUGCACCUGUAAUUCAAUGUUUGGAUAAUUUAUACAUGCUCUUUUUGAUGAUAAUUCAACAGUUGUGUUUGCCAGGUGAGGGGAUUAUUUUAAUAUUCUCUAAGAAAUGUAUGGAAGUUUGGCAUAUUAAGAAGUGGGGCACAGCCUGUCGUAUUGUUGGGCUUGGUUAUGUUGUGUGAUCUGUUAUUUUAAAAACACUGGAACCAUUUAAUUCUCAAACCUGUAAAAACAAGGCCCUAAACCAGGGUCUUACUGCUAUUUAUAUAAUGCCUGUUUUAUAAUGUAAUGUAAAAUGCCUGACUGACCUAUUCACCAGUCAGAAACUGGAAUCAUUGUAACAGCAUAUUAAAAUUGGUUCACCAUUCAGUUGGAAGAGGGUUGUGUUGAUGAGGUCUGCUGUUUGUGCGGUUGUACUAUUUCUGGAUUGAGAAUUACAUGCUUCCUCCAUCAACCGUUUUCCUGUAAGCAGCAGGGAAGAGUGUGACUAUUGUAGCCUUUGUGCUUCUCUUCACAAACAACAAUUGACAAUUUACUGAGGUAAAUUAGGUUAGAGGCAUGCUGAAAUUCAGAUUUUCCAGUAUAUGGCUUUAGCCCCUCCCCUUUUUAAAUUGUUUUAAUUCUGAGGAAUUUUAACUUGAUAUUGUCACCUGAUGGCCAUUUGUUGUGAUUGUCUCAAUUUUCUGUACACCUAAUAAAAAAUUAGGAGCAGCAGAAAUAAAUGGGUGUCAGUAUUUGGGAGACGGUCGUAAACCAGAUGAAGCCCUUCUGUCCUGAAGAGUUUAGAUCGGAGGGCACUUCAGUGUUUCUUUUUUUUAAAAAUUUGCCUUUUCUGUCUUCUGCAACUUACCAGGGUUGUUUAAUCCGUAACGUGUGCACGAGCCUUUUGAAAGAAUGUUGUAUAGCCUGUACAGAGCAGCCAGUGAACACCCUCCCCAGUCUAUUGGAACGUUUAGGCAGUGUAAGCUCAAAACCAUCAAAAUGUUGUUACCUUCAGUUUUUUCAUUUCUAACAGGUGUCGGUUCUGUAUGAUAUGGAAUGGCCACCUCAUACUUUUUCAAUCUCCAUCUGACUUUUUUUUUUAACUUUUUUAUUCCACAUUUAUUUUCUCUCCUUUUUGUUUGAGAUUCUCUCUCCUCUCUCUCUCUCUCUCCCUCCCCCACCACUCCAUUUCAUGUUCCCCUUGGAUAAUUUGUACUCCCACCCCCACCCCCUCCCAAAAAAAAUAGGAUUGCUUGUUUGUAAUUCCAUCAAUAUCAAAUGUACAAACGGUUCUUGCUAACUAACAAUUACCGCGUAUAUCUGAUGUUCAGAUGAAUUCAAUAAAACAAUUUUUUUUUCAAAAA